ACAACGGGGACGCUACACUCGGCUGCGCCGGCUUCACUCGCCUGCCCAAACACACACGCACACGCUCUCUCGGUCCUCGAGUUUUUCUUGCUUGUUUUAAACCCCGUGGACUUUGGGUGAAGUUACCGCCGGUGUUUGGUGCCCGCUCCCUCUCUCAACAUCACCGACGGCGGAGUCUUCCACGAACCACCAACAGGGUGCACAGUUUGACCCCAGUUGCCCUUGACACAAGCAUUUCUGGAGCUGCAGCCAAUCAAUAGAGACUCCUGUGGGCCAAGUGUCAGAUGUUGCUCCCACUAAUUGAAAGCAACAACAACCCAUGAGGCAGAGGAAAGCAACGGGAUAUGAUUCCAGGCGAUAGGCAGGAGGAAGUCUUCGUCUUAACAAAGAUCACAGAUGAAUGUUUGCCAUGCCACAUGGGAAGACUCUGAGCACCUCUCUACUCGUGCUCUUCAUCUCCGUCGUGUCCGCCUCCACACAGAGACAUUCUUAUCCACGAUUCACUCGGAAUGACACACAUUUCCAGCACCUGGUGCUCCACCCGGACCCCCGUGUGGGGACGGUGUACGUAGGCGCCAGGGACCACCUCUUCCAGCUGGAUGGACUGGAUGCACUUCGACUGGAGCAGGAGGAGACGACGGGACCCUUGAGGGACAGCAAGGACUGCCUCCCUCCUGUCACCGAGUCCAACUGUCCUCAUGCUAGGAAAACCAGCAAUCACAAUAAGUUACUUCUCGUGGAUCCAAAAGCUUUGGAGCUGAUCACCUGUGGAAGUGUCCACCAGGGCACCUGCCAGAAACGGAGCCUGGCGUCCAUCAAGAAGGUGCUCUUUUCCAAAGAGAGGCCGGUGGACACGCAGCAUGUUGCAGCCAACGACCCAGCUGUGUCCACGGUGGGGUUGGUGGUGGCCCCCCAUGGAGGUGAAAGGACGGUGAUGUAUGUCGGAAGAGGCUACACGUCCAGCCAUCCACCCAUAUCCACUCGCCAUUUGUCAUCGGAACCCAUGUUUUCCUACGACGAGACCGCCAAGUUGGCAGUCGCCGGGCGCCUGGCUGAGUACAACCACCAUUUUGUAAUGGCAUUCAAACGGCGCUCGUACGUCUACUUUCUUUUCUAUCGUCGGGACAUCAAGUCGAUAUCGAGGGAGUACCGUACAUAUGUGGCCCGGGUAUGUCUUGAUGACCAGUCCUACUAUUCUUACGUGGAGGUUCCUCUGGUCUGCCACUCCGACUUCAAUCCUUCUACCAACUACAACCUUCUUCAGGCCGCUCAGGUGGGGCGAGGAGGUGAGCUGGAGGGCGAGGAUCUGCUGGGAGUCUUCUCCACACGCAGCAGCUCCACCAACAACAACUUGGAUGGCUCGGCUCUCUGCGCAUUCCCAUUGGACAACAUAGACAAACACAUGGACUCCACCCGCGACCUUUGCUACACCAAAGACGGCCUCAUGGAGGGAAGAGAGGUGGCUUACAUUGAGUAUGAGGUCAAGUCCAGCUGCGCCACCCUGCCCCCGAACACCCUGAAGGCGUAUCCCUGUGGCUCGGACCACACCCCGAGUCCAAUGGCCAGCAAGAUUCCGGUGGUAGCCAAAGCUGUGUGGCAAACCACUACAACGCACCUGACUGCUGUGGCUGUCAGCGUCAGAGACGGGCACAGCAUCAUUUUCCUGGGAGACUCCAGAGGGACUCUUCACAAGGUGUAUCUGGGCAAAGAUGGCCGCAUGGAGGUCUACGCUAAUGUUAGCAUCGAGGCCAACUCGCCCAUCAACAGUGACCUUCUACUGGACCAGACUGGAACUCACAUUUACAUCAUGACCAAAAAUGCCGUGGAGAAGCGUCCGGUGGCAGAAUGUGGAGACCACAUGGACUGUCAGACCUGUCUGCUUGCCAAAGACCCCUACUGCGGUUGGUGUGUGCUGGAGGGGCGGUGUGGUCAGCGCUGGGAGUGCCAGCGCGGCGCUCUGCGCGGACAGUGGUUGUGGAGCUUCAACCAGACGCAGCAGUGUCUCAGCAUCCAGCAGCUCAGCCUUUAUAACAUCAGCCGCGGGGAGAAAGCUGAUAUCACCGUGUCAGUGGAGGGUCUUCCGUCCAUAGCGGAAGGAGAAGCGUACUCCUGCUUCUUCCAGGACACAGAAACACCAGCCGUGCUCACUGACAGUGGAGUCAAGUGUUCCACUCCUGAUGCCGGCAGUCUGCCCCCCAUAAGCCUCGGAGAUGAGUUUGUUGCCGUCAUUCUCUCGCUGCGAUUCUUGAACGUGACUGUGGCAGAGACGGAGUUUACGUUCUACAACUGCAGCUUGGUUCAACAGCUGUCUGGACGCAGACCGUGCCAAGGUUGCACCAGCAGUCGCUGGGGUUGUAACUGGUGCAUUCACCAACAUGUCUGCACACAUGAACACAGAUGCUCUCGUGGAGUCACCGUCUACAACCGAAACUAUCAACCGCCAGCACCCACCACCAUCCCACCUCCUACCACAACCCAGACUCCUUUACCUCCCACUGUUCCGAUUGAUACAACUACAGCAACAACCCCGCCACCACCCACAGAGACGCCCGCUCCCACCUCGGCAGCUGUCGCCCCAUCCAACACCACCCUAGUGACACCAUCCAACACCCCUGAAGCUCAGUCCCCCACACUUUUGGCCACCACCUCCCUCUUUAUCAGCUCCACCCAGGCUACCACAACGCUCACAGAUGCCAGCUCCUCCGGGGAGGCCAUCUUUGAUAUACAGGGCACAACAGAGGGGAACCUUGGCACCACACUUGCAGAAGAUGUUGGAGGCAUGAUAAUGGAAACUGUGGAUGUAGCUGAUGAAAUCAUUGACACAACAGUGGCCAGCAGUACCACUCGCAUCAUGUGGGAUGCCGAUGAUGAGGGUCUUUCAGGACCAUCUGGUGAUGUAGCUGGCUCUUCUCCAGAGAGUCCCACUGUCCCUAGCGAGGUUUUCAAUGUGUUUUCAACCAUGGAGAGUCGAGAGGAAGUUCCGCUGGUGACAGACAGUGACUCAGAUCUUUUGGUGAAGGAUUGGGAGAAGCCAGAGGGCGAGGCAGACACAAACAUCGAGCCAGUCUCUGCCACAGGCUUGUCUGCUGCAGACACUACCAUGCAGUCUGUGGUCUAUAUUCAGACACCUGAAGCAGCUGCUGAUGCCGACUAUGACUCUGCCAACUUCCAAGCUCAUUCUCCUGAAAUGGAUUACCUGCGUGAGUGCCCGUGUGUGGAGAAGGUGCAGGACACCUCUCUGCUUCCUGUCAAUGUUGAGCGGAAGAUCACCCUGGUUGGACAGCACCUCGACCUGUUUCAGGAUGAGAUAUUCAACUACGAGUGUGUGUUGGAUAUCGAGGGCCGGUCAGUAGUGGUGGAAGCGACUGUGGAGGCAGAUCUGACAGAACCAUCAGUCUUCUUUAUUACCUGCCAACCACACCAGUUUGCCUACACAACUGCCAUGGAGGAAUACGCAGCCAUGAUCAACGUGCGGAGAAGAGACAACUUCCUCAUCGACAGUGCAGAUGAUCUCUUCGUGACACUGUUCAACUGCUCCGUGGGGCGGUCCGACUGCAGCCGCUGCAGAACCGCUGACCCGAAGUACGGCUGUGUCUGGUGCGGGGGCUCAACAAGCUCCAGCUGUGUGUACAAGGACUCCUGCAGCGAUCAAGUCAAACACACUUGUCCUGCGCCGGUCAUUCACUUUCUGGAUCCGACGUCCGGCCCCAUAGAAGGCGGCACCGUCGUGACCAUUUCCGGAUCCAACCUGGGCCAGAGAGCGGAGGACAUCCAGAACUCUGUGACGGUGGCCGGCGUUCCGUGCAGCGUCAUCCACAGCCGAUAUGAAGUUUCGUCAAGGAUCGUCUGCGAGACCACCGGCAGUGGAGGGGAGAGGAGCGGUCAGGCCUCGGUCAAAGUGAGAGGAGGAGGACUGGGCCUGUCGGCUCAGACCUUCCGCUUUCAGGAUCCUGUUCUGAGCGGCAUUUUCCCGACCCACGGCCCCAAAGCUGGAGGAACCUCUCUGACAGUCAGAGGUCGGCGACUGCGAACCGGGCACCCGGGCGAUAUCAGCGUCCUGAUCGGCGGCGUGCCGUGUCUCGUACUCAACAUCCACGACGACCUCAUCAACUGCCAGACCAAAGGCAGCAACAGAACUGGAGACCACGGGAUCAUGGUGCGGUUUGGUGGGGCGGAGCGCCCUCUGGAGGGUGUCAUGUAUCGUUACACCCACAACCCCAACAUCACAUCGGCUGCUCCAUCCAAGAGCUUCGUCAGCGGUGGCCGCAUCAUCCGAGUCACCGGCAAGAACCUAGAUGUGGUGCAGGAGCCCAAAAUGCGCGUCACUCUCAGUCCUCCUGACACUCUGCCGCCCAGGAAGAAGAGAAACGUCCGGCGGAGGAGCAAAGGCCGAAUGAAAAGAAGAGACAGUCAGCCUCCAGUGAAGCGAUGGAGGAGGAUCGUUCCAGACUCUGACUGCCCUGAAGGCUCCUUGUGUCAAGUCAAGCAGGUGUGUGAUGCAUUUAAAAACAUGUUCAUUUUUCAUCUGAAAUGUGCUUUCUCUUCUCACCUUCAGUAUGAGACUCUCUGCACGGUCAACAGCUCCACUCUUAUUUUGUGUCCAACACCUGCGGUGGCUUCAGAAGCCAAGAGAGCCCGGGUGAAAGUCCACUUCCUGCUGGACAGUCUGCAUUUCGAUUUCCAUACCGUAGCGAACGAGGCCUUCAGCUACGAACCCAACCCAAAACUCUUCUCUCUGAACCGCAACGACCCCAGCAAACCAUACCACCACAAGCCAGGAAGCAUCAUCUCAGUGGAGGGGGAGAACUUGGACCUGGCCAUUCUGAAACAUGAAGUGGAAGCCCGGAUAGGAGAAGGACAGUGCUCCGUGAAGACCCUGACUCACAACCACUUGUACUGUGAGCCUCCUGCUCAACAGCCAUCAGUGUCGUCCAACAAGAAGCAGGACAUCAUGGAGCUCCCGGAGUUCACAGUUAAAAUGGGAAACUUGAAUUUCUCCCUGGGUCGAGUUCAGUAUGACACCCAGGCCCAGUCCACCUUCCCCAAAGAGGCCCAAGUGGGUGUCGGGGUCGGAGCCUCCAUCGUGGCUCUCAUUGUGCUCAUCAUUGUCCUUAUAUACAGGCGGAAAAGCAAACAGGCGAUGAGGGACUAUAAGAAGGUGCAGAUCCAGCUCGAGAAUCUGGAGACGAGCGUGAGGGACCGCUGCAAGAAGGAAUUCACAGACCUGAUGACCGAGAUGAUGGAUAUGUCCAGUGACUUGGUGGGAUCGGGGAUUCCCUUCCUGGAAUACAGAGCCUACGCAGAGCGCAUUUUCUUCCCUGGCCACCAGGAGUCACCACUGAGGCGAGAUUUGGAUGUCCCAGAGAGUCGACGGCAGACUGUGGAGCAGGGCCUGGUCCAGUUGUCCAACCUGCUCAACAGCAAACUGUUUCUGACAAAGUUUAUUCACACUCUGGAGGUCCAAAGGACAUUCUCCCCACGGGACCGGGCGUAUGUGGCCUCGCUGCUGACGGUGGCGCUGCAUGGAAAGCUGGAGUACUUCACCGACAUCCUCAAGACUCUGCUGAACGACCUGGUGGAGCAGUACGUGGCAAAGAAUCCUAAACUGAUGCUGCGAAGAACCGAGUCAGUGGUGGAGAAGCUUCUUACCAACUGGAUGUCCAUUUGUCUCUUCACCUUCCUGCGGGAGUCGGCGGGAGAGUCCUUCUACAUGCUGUUCAGAGCAAUAAAACACCAGGUAGACAAGGGUCCCGUUGACGCCGUGACCGGAAAAGCCAAGUACACUCUGAACGACAACCGGCUUCUCCGAGAAGACGUGGAGUACCGCACCUUGACUCUGAACGUUGUAGUGCCCGGUGUCACCACUGGGGGUGCUGCCACUCAGACGGUGCCUGCGAAGGUGCUGGACUGCGACACCAUCACCCAGGUGAAGGAGAAGCUUCUGGAACAAACCUGGAAAGGAACAUCCUUUUCUCAGAGGCCACACAUUGACUCCUUGCAUCUCGAGUGGCGUGCCGGCAUGGCCGGUCACCUAAUCCUGUCAGAUGAGGACCUGACUUCCGUGGUCCAGGGGUCAUGGAAGCGCCUUAAUACGCUGCAACACUACAAGGUACCCGACGGAGCCACGGUGGCCCUUGUCCCCCGAAACACCAAGCAUCUCCUUCACGACAGCCACGACUACAUGCCGGGAGAGAAGACCCCCAUGCUGGAUGACGGAGACGAAGGAGGAGUGAGACUCUGGCACUUGGUGAAAGCCAGUGAGGAAUCCGAGCUGCCGAAGCACAGAAGAGGGAGCUUCAGGGAGCGAGGAGGGGAGAGAGCCAAGGCCAUCCCGGAGAUCUACCUGACCCGACUGCUCUCCAUGAAGGGCACUCUGCAAAAGUUUGUCGAUGAUUUAUUCACUGCCAUCCUAAGCACCAGCCGUCCCGUUCCUCUGGCAGUCAAGUACUUCUUCGACCUGCUGGAUGAGCAGGCCCUGCAGCACAACAUCACCGACCCGGAGACCAUCCACAUCUGGAAGACCAACAGUUUACCGCUGAGGUUUUGGAUCAACAUCCUGAAGAACCCGCAGUUCAUCUUCGACGUGCAGACCUCCGACCACGUGGAUGCCGUGCUGUCAGUCAUCGCCCAGACCUUUAUGGAUUCCUGCACCAUCGCUGACCACAAACUGGGGCGGGACUCUCCCAUUAACAAGUUGCUGUACGCCAGAGACAUCCCCCGCUACAAGCAGAUGGUGGAGAGGUACUACGCCGACAUCCGACAGACCAUCUCGGCCAGUGACCAGGAGAUGAACUCGGCUCUGGCAGAACUCUCCCGCAAUUAUGCUGCCGAGGUCAACUGCCUGGUGGCCUUACACGAGCUGUACAAGUACAUCAACAAGUACUACGACCAGAUCAUCACGGCUCUGGAGGAGGACGCCACGGCCCAGAAGAUGCAGCUGGGUUACAGGCUCCAGCAGAUCGCCGCCGCUGUGGAAAACAAGGUCACUGACCUAUGACCUCCAGGGGCUCUAUUUCCUUAAGAAAGAAGCGGGCGAAAGUCCCGAGACUCUGAAAGAGAGAGACUUGAACGGAACUCCAGAGGAGAUUUUUGUAACUGCGUUGUCUUCACGAACUCGAUGGAGCGAAGACGGGGUGAAGUCUUACACGAACAUUUUCCCUUCCACCCUUCCUCCAAGUCUUACUCCUCAUCGUCAGCGACGGCCGAACUUUAGAAGAAGAACGCCUUUUCUUUUUUAGCAUCUCAACUCCACAUGACAGCCUUCGUGUUGAUCCACUGCUGUUUUUUUUGUUUCAUUUGCCAAAGUUGAAUCAGUGUUAUGUGCAAUUUGAACUUCAUUCCUGACAGAUUUUAGCGGGUGAGAGUGGCAACAUAUCCGUCCUGUAACUGCAACACAACAAGCCUAUGAGUGUUAGCCCGAAUUAGAAAAGUAAAAAUGAAGAGUGAGUGAAAACGGAUUCGAGCAGUUCAUUGCCAAGUCUACAGGUGAGACCAGCUCUGAGUGGAGUUCUUUGGCCUCUAUGUUCUUGAUUCACUGCCCUUUUCGUGCUCUAGUUUCCUCCCUUUAGGCGCCACUGUGCAGGUGAAAAUGUUAAUGGUUCAGUCUUGUUGUAGGUUUUAUGCAGGUGAUUUAAGUCUGCUGGGAUUUGCACCGGCCACCGCUGUAGAACAGAGACUGAAUUUGUGAAGGAGAUCACAACUCGCUUGACUCAUCUGAAGGUGAAGACCUGACACACCGAACGUGACACUUCAUGAAUCUCGACGCCUUUUGAAAUGCCAUUCACUUUGUGUCAAAUUACAGUUACGGUCGAACACUAUUCAGAUUGGAUGCAUCCGAACUAAGAAUCCAAGUCCACAACCUUUCAGUGCCGCCACAUGAACCCGACUGAUCCCAUCUUAGACCUGUCCACUUUUAAACUGCCAUUGUUUUUAUUUAUUGUUUAUUUAUUUAAAUGCAAAUGUUGGUUUGAAGUUCUGCCAUCAUCUGACUGCAUAUCAGCAUUUUACCUUGGGCCACAUUUCUAACAAGUGUUUUUAAAGGGUUUUACCGGAUUAUUUUUCCCCCCACGCGCAUUACUUUGCUUGUAGCUUUUUUUCUCGUGAGUGCUGAGCCGUGUUUUACCUGUGUAGAAUACCUGCUGUUUUCUGACGGUACUGCCCUUAGAGGACUCCAACUAACUGGUAGAAUGAAGAUAACGUGAAUGUCCUGCAAUAAAGUUGUUCCUGUGCUCAAAAUGGUGCUCCUUAACAUCCUAUGUUCCAUCCUUUAUAUCCCA